GUCCUUUGCCAUCCUCUUCCCAGCUACCUUCUCCUGGUCACCGUCAUCCUCGCUACCAGCGGGCGUGGAGCAAGCUUGUGCCACCAAGAUCAAAGUGCUGCCCUGAUACGCCUCAAAGCCAGCUUCCGCUUCAACUUCGCGUCUUCAACAUGCCCGUCGUUUCCACCUGAAGGAACAACUCUUUCGUCGUGGAAGGUAGAUACAGACUGCUGCACCUGGGAAGGUGUAACAUGUGAAGGCACGUCGGGCUAUGUUACUUCUCUCGACCUGUCCUACCUCUGCAUCUCCGGUAAUCUCAGCUCACCGGACAUCUUUAAACUUACCUCGCUUCGCUCCCUUUACCUUUCUUACAACAAUUUUGAUGGAAGUCCAUGGCCAAGCUCCGGAUUGGAGCAGCUCACGAAUCUCAGGUACCUUGACCUCUCUUAUUCUGGCUUGUCUGGGAAUGUGCCCGUCGAGAAAGGCCAACUUUCCAAUUUAGUCACUUUAUACCUCUCUGGCCUUGAUCUAAAAUAUUUGAGCCUUAAGAUUUUGAUUGACAACCUUGUGGGUCUCCAAAAUCUAUAUCUUGAUGAGGUCAAUAUUUCAGUGAGUCCAACCGAUUUGGCACAUGGCUCUUCUACAAAUACAACGACAGGUCUCAAAGAGCUAAGAAUCAGGUGGUGGACGAUCACCGGUGGCCGUUCUGAUACUGUUCUUACUAAUCUCCUACUUCAUCCUAAGCUUGCCAAUUUAGUCACGCUAGAACUCUAUUAUUUGGAUCUUAAAAGUUCGAGCCUUCACACCUUGAUUGACAACCUUGGCAACCUCCAAAAACUAUAUCUUGAUUCUGUCAACAUUUCGGUCAGUCCAACCGAUCUGGCGCAUGCCUCCUCUACCAAUAAGAUGCCAGGUCUCGAAGAGCUAAGCAUGACAGGGUGCAUGAUCACUGGCCGUAUUGAUAUUGCUCUUACUAAGUUCCGAUUUCUAUCCAAGUUGACCCUUGAUGGCACACAUUUUAGUGGCCCUGCUCCUGUGCCAAAACGUUUUGUGGAGUUCUCAUCGCUCGCAGUUCUUAGUCUUCAAAACUGUGGGUUGACCCGGACGACCUUCCCUUCUUGGAUAUUUCAUAUCAAAAGCUUGAUGUCUCUCGAUGCAUCAGGGAAUGAAAAUCUAUGUGGAGAGUUGCCGGAGUUCAUACAGGGUAGCGCGUUGCAGGUUUUGAUCUUUAGUGGAACCAAGUUGUCAGGAAGAAUAACAGAAUCUAUCGGCAACCUCCGAAAUCUGACUAUGUUGGACCUUUCUUAUUGCCAAUUCCAUGGCCCUAUCCCACCAUUUGCUCAAUGGCCAAAAAUUGAGAUGGUUCAACUGUCAAGUAACAACUUAAAUGGUUCAUUACCUACAGAUGGCUACCUUUCUCUACACAACCUAACUUCAGUUUAUCUUCGUAACAACUUGAUAAGUGGUGUGAUACCUGCAUCUCUGUUUUCUCAUCCUUCUUUGAUGGAUUUAGAUCUCUCACAAAACAAUUUCACUGGAAAUUUUCUAUUGUAUCCAACUGUAUCUUCUAGUUUGAGAAGUAUCGAUCUUAGUUUUAACAAAUUACAAGGACCUCUUCCAAAACUUCUGUCGAAGUUUGUUGAACUAGAAUGGUUGGAUGUUUCGUCAAACAAUCUCACUGGAUCUGUGGAUCUAAGUUUCAUAAAGAAUUACGAGAUGCCCUCACUAUCACUAUCCCAUAAUAAGUUGUCUGUUGUCGAGGAGGAUGUCAAUCACUCCUACUUUGAAUAUCCAGCUAUUGGUAGAUUGGGAUUGGCAUCAUGUAACCUAUCAUCUGUACCUAAAUUUUUAAUGCACCAGAGAAGCAUUUCCGAUUUAGACCUCUCAAACAACAACAUUGGUGGACACAUACCUGAUUGGAUAUGGGGAAUGGGAGUUCUUAGCCUUAACCUCUCUCAUAAUUUAUUUACCAGCAUUAAUACAAAUUUAUCGAAUACAUCAAUUUCUGAUCUUGAUCUCCAUUCCAACAAGAUUGAGGGAGCUCUCCCACUACCCCCAUCGGGAACUGACCGAUUGGACUACUCCAAUAACCACUUCAAUUCUUCUAUCAUGCCUGAGUUUUGGUCACAUGUUAGCUCCACCAACUCCCUGUCAUAUAGAAGUUCUGGACCUUUCUUUUAACAACUUCAGUGGAUU